AUGGCUCCGUUUGAGGGUCUUUAUGGGAGGCGAUGCCGAUCUCCUAUCGGAUGGUUUGAUGCCUUUGAGGUGAGGCUGUGGGGUACCGAUCUUUUGAGAGAGUCAUUAGAUAAGGCUAAGGUGAUUGAAGAUAAGCUUUUAGCGGCUCAGAGUAGACAGAAGGAGUAUGCGGACAGAAAGGUCCAAGAUCUUAAGUUCAUGGUUGAGGAGCAGGUCUUAUUGAAAGUAUCACCCAUGAAGGGUGUGAUGAGGUUUGGGAAGAAGGGCAAGCUCAAUCCUAGGUUCAUUGGUCCAUAUGAGAUUCUUGACCGUGUGGGGGAGGUAGCCUAUCAAUUGGCAUUGUCUCUUGGUUUGUCGGGUGUUCACCCGGUGUUUCAUGUGUCAAUGCUAAAAAGAUAUCAUGGUGACGGUUCUUACAUCAUUCGUUGGGAUUCAGUCUUGCUUGAUGUGAACUUGUCUUAUGAGGAGGAGCCUAUUGCCAUUUUUAAUAGAGAGGUUCGUAAGUUGAUGUCUAAAGAGAUAGCGUCAGUGAAGGUUCAGUGGAAGAAUCGUCCUGUUAAGGAGGCUACUUGGGAGACCGAGUCUGAUAUGUGUGAUAAGUAUCCCCAGCUUGUCACCUAG